AUGACUACUAACGAUGCCCCUAUUGAGGGCUUCACCAGAGACCUGGAACGCGGUCGCGACGAUAAUACCCCUCGCCCAUCUACCGUCUCUGCCAGCGAUGGCAUUGGCUCCGCCCUGUCCUCGACAAACUCCUCCAUCAUGGGCGACGACAUCCAGGGCGACCUUGGCGAGGAAUGGGGCGCUCGCCACCCGUGCUACCCCCAUCUAAACCCCCACGUGCCCGUCAACUCGGUGGAAUUCGCGACGACCCGGAUCAUCCGGGUGCGCCGCGACUGGCUCCUGCAUGGCGACAUCGCGCCGGCCUUCUCGAACCUUUACCCCGAGAUCCUCGACCCCGCCGGCAUCUCAGAGCACGAGUUCCGCAAGGUGAUUAGCAAGCUCAAUGCCGAGCUGGGCGAGACUUUCAACCCGUACUCCGGGCGCAACAUCGUCGACAGCGUCAUGGGGGCUGUCACCGGCUGGCUGUGGGAUGACCUGGGUAUGACGGCGUCCAAGAAGAAGCUGGUGGCCCUGGAGAAGUGGAUUGAGCAGUGGAAUGCGGAGAUGCAAAAGUCGAUGGCGACUGAGGAAGGUGGGCUCGUCGCCCCCAAGAUUAUCUCCCUGCGGCAGACCGGAUACAUGACACUCGACAUUCGAAUACCGGAUCCCGAAAUCGCACCAGCUCCUAGUACAGCGGGCGCGAACGAAUCCAGGACAGCGCUGACGACGGAGGCGGUACCUGCCUUGCCGGUAUAG